AUGUGGCUGUUGGCCCUUGGGUUACUGGGAGGAUUGAUCUCAUGUGCGUAUGGAAUCAGCCUUGUGCAGUACUGGCGGAGAUGUAGAAGUGACGAGUUCGAAAGAUUUGUGGGACCGCUGGAAAUAUGGUCGGAGAUGCUGGUGCAGUGCCCUAUGCUUUUCUUGUUGCUGGGACUCGCGAUUCCAGGUGCUCUUGGUUUCCUAGGAGUACAGGCGGCAGCAUACGCGCCGAAAGUAGAUCUUGAUUUCGCUGGCUACUUGGCCGUGGAUUUGCCCGUGCAGUUCACCCAAAAUGCAGUGGAGGAGGCCAUCGCUCAAGAAACCUCUCAAACACAGAGAAGCGAUGAUUGGGCAGGGUGGCGCUUUCCAGGCUCUGCCCCCGUGUAUUCAGUGGAGAGCACUGGAUCAGGCCGGCGGCUGGCUUCUACACAGUCACAGAGCUGGUGGGAGCUCAACAUCUUUUAUGAGGCUUUGGACUCAAAAGUCGGCGUUUUCACGGAGCAGGCGCUGCAAGAAAUACUUACUUUCGAAGACCUUGUUCAAUCGAUGCAGAUGUACGACGAAUUCUGCUGGAAGUCCAACGGUAAUUGCAAGGUGCCGCAGUCUCCGACGAAUCUCUUUUUCCAUCUUGAGCCUGGCCAGUCUGACCAUGAGCUGCAAGACAUCAACGAAACGCUGAGGAUGAUGCUCAGGAAGCGCAUCCUCUAUUUCACUGACAAAGACUUCAGUGCUCUCCAUUUGCAGAGCAACUACACGCGCAGCACGUUUGUUGGUGGAAUACCGCUAAGCGGGUACAACAGAUGGCAGACCAGAUGGGAUGAACAACGUCGGAAGCACGAGGCCUUCCUGGUCGAGUUGUAUACUGAGGUGCUGAGCCGUGCAGACGAUGGACCUCGGCCACUCAACUUUGAGCACGUGAAAAUCACCUGGUUCGAGCCCAUGCUGAAGGACUAUGAGGUCAGCAAAUGGCUCUUCCACGAUGCCGCGUGGUGCGUGGGUACAUUCGCGGUGGUCGCAGUUCUGAUCGUGUUGAAUCUUCAGAGCUUUUGCCUCAUGGUCUUCGGAAUGCUGGGUGUGCUCUUGGCUUUCGCCGCAACCUUCUACUUCCACACUGUAGUCUUGGAGUACAAGUCGCUGACCGUUCUGGACUUCUUGUCACUUUUUCUUAUCGUUGGCAUUGCCGCUGAUGAUAUGUUCAUCCUGUGCCAUACCUAUCGCCUGGCUCCUGCCGUUCUCGGUCCUCGGGCGGGGCCCAGGCAAUGCAUGAAAUGGGCUUACAAGCAUGCGGGCGAAGCCAUGCUCGUCACCACGGUAACCACGGCAGGAUCCUUCUAUGCGAAUUGCAUCUCUGUGUUGCGCGUUGUGAAGCAGUUCGGCUUCUUCAUGGGUACCUUGGUCGUUUGGAACUAUAUUAACGUCAUGAUGAUUCUACCUUCAGCCGUCCUUGUGGCAGAGAUCUAUGUGUGGCCGUGCAUUGGGUGGCUUUUAUCAUGCCUCACCUGUUCUGCAGAUGCAGAAGGGGGUGUCGACGAGUUCCAAAGCCUGGACGUGUCCAGAAUCACUUCUAUUCUCUCACUGCCUUCUGACUGGACGGACAAUAUGCGAGCGUCGCAAGCAUCAUGGGCAUCUUCUGCGCACAGCGCGGAGACUUGCACGAUCGGGCGGCCUUCCAAGACAUCCACGUGGACAAGGCGAUCAGCGCUGGCAUAUCAGACCGCACGCUCGACUGUCAAUUCUGUGUCAAUGAACGUGAGGACCUUGGCUUCGCGUGCGACCAUGACGGUCAUGAUCAAACGCGAGAUGGACACGGACGAGCUCAGCAGCUUUGAGAACUUUCUCCAUGGGAGGUGCCAUCGCAUUCUUUUUCGUGGCCGCUGCUGCUGGGUGCUGCUGUCUAGCGCGGUCAGCAUCCUGGGCGCAUACGCAGCUAUUACAGGCUUCACGCUUGCAACAGGAGGCUUGCAGGUCUUCCCGGAGUCUGUGAAUGCCGGUCGUCUGGAGAAGCUUCUCGGCGAGGUUUUUCCAUCCACCACCGACAUAUCAGAAUGGGAUGCCCAAACCAUGGAAACGGCAUCGACGGGCAUGUCGGAUCUUGUCUCGAACGGGAACGCGGUCAACAGAUCAUGCCCAGGAUGUGUGCAUGGCGCAUGUGGCGGAGAUGGUUCGUGUGUUUGCGAAGAAGGCUGGAGCGGCUCCACUUGUGAAGAUUACUGCCCUGGCCUUCCUGCCUGUGGUGGCCCCCAACGUGGCCGCUGCGGCGUGGUGAGCAUCGCCCAAAACGAAAGUGCGAGGAGGUGCGUGUGCCAAAGCGGAUUUAGCGGAGAUGGCUGUGACAGUUACUCUUGUCCUCCUUGCCUGAAUGGGGGCAGCUGCCUGUUUUCAGAGGAUGUCGACAACCGCUCAGUGUGCCAGUGCCCUCCUGCUUAUGGUGGCGACCGUUGCCAGGAACGGCUAUGCCCGGCAAACUGCAGUGGUGCAGGUGACUGCAUCGAUGGUCGAUGCUCUUGUUGGCUUGGAGCACAUGGCGAAAGCUGCAACGAGACUUCUGUGUCAUUGGAGCCACUGACCGACUGUGUCCAGAUCUCCUUGGUGUGGGGUAUUGCAGGCUAUAGAGCAGAUAAUGUGUCUGCUCCAGAGUAUUAUCCGGCGUUUGAUUUGCUGGAUCCGCAGGUGCAGCUGUGGAUGUUGCAAGCUUGCACGGCAGCGCGAAACGACACUUCGCUUCUAGUUCGGCCAGAGGUUCCCUGCUGGAUCGAAGCCUGGCGUAGCUUCGUCGUCACAGUCGGCGGCAGUUUUCCCGUGGCCCCAAGGAGCUUGGCGUCGGAAGCACUGCAAGCUUUUUUCCACCAGGAGGGCUCUGAUGCCUUCCAGAAGGAUCUGGCAGAUGCCGACAACUUCACAGGACAUCCAAAGUUUGCUGUCAUGCGGAUGCUGAUCAAUGCUCCACGCAACGGUGGACUGCCCUUGCUUCUGCCGCUGAAGGAUAAAUGGAUGGUCUUUGUGGCAGACCUCAACAGACUUGCGCCGCUUUCGGCAGGCUCUGCUCUCAUGGUAUCCCAGACAUGGACGGCGACAGACAUGGAGUAUUCGAUCAUGUCCAAGACGGUGGCAUCGCUAAUCCUGUCCAUUGGCAUCGCAGUUGCUUGUGUCGUGGUCUUCAGCCAGAAUGUCUUGAUUGGACUCUUCGUCCUGCUUACUAUUCUCUUGGAAGUCUGCCCGCUUUUCGGCUUCCUUUUCGGAGUAAUGCGCUACGAGUUCGGUGCCAUCGAAGCCAUCGGUGUUGUAACCUUCGUUGGUAUGAGCGUUGACUACUGUCUGCACUUGGCACACGGCUAUCAUGUAGCGGAGAAGAUGAGCCGCAGUGCCACUUAUCUUGCGUUUCAAUUUGGGAGAAGAGUUCCGCUGUCUGGCUUUGUUGGGGUGGACAGGUUUGGGGGAGUGUGGUUGAAUGCGCUGAUAGGGAAAACUGGAAGCCAGGACGGAAGCACAGGAGGACGGAAGAUAGGAAGAGAAGAUGGAAGGUUGGCGGGUGAGACGUGA